AUGGCAAUUAUUGUUUCACAGAUCUGGGAAAAUAUGAGCAAUGAAGGAUUUGAUCCUUGUGAAAUUGUUUGGGGACAGUGGAACCAUGAACUGUCUAUGAGACGUCUUCUAAAUGUGUUGAGAAACACCCAGUCCUAUUGUACUGAUAAUGAAUGUCUUGAUGAUGGUACUGGAGGACCAAGUGGUGCAAGUAAUCCAGAUCAGUUCUUAUUCCUGACCCUCGCCCUGAUCACAGCAUUAUUUUUGUAUUAUUUUCGUCCAAGACUUCAGACCAACGAAGGAAGCUCCAAACCAAAUAACAAUGGGAAUAACUCUGGAGGAUCUCCACCAAGUCCGCCAUCGUCAUCGGAAUAACAUCCAAUUUUGACAGAGAAAUAUAAAAAUAUGUCAUUUUCUUGUGGGUUCACGGUAUUUCAAUAAAAGUAUAUAAUUUAGAGUUCUUAUAUUCCUAAUAUAUAUUAUAAAAAUAACAAAAAAAAAAUAUGAAUAGUUGGAAUAAAAUAGGUAAUUAUUUUGAAGGUUUUACAUAUUUAGGUUGUAAUUAUAUUUUUUUCGCAAUUAUUAGAAAAAUCUGGAACUAUGCACGUACUAACAGUUAUUGACUAGCAUCUCUAAAUGCCAUUUUGAUACUGCUCAAAAGAGCGGUUUUAUUUUUUUUUACUUACUUAUCUUCAUUGUGUAAAUCAUGGAUCUGAAGUAUAAUGACAUCAAAUCAAACUCGUUUGAGUAACAAGAUGGGAUUUAAUGACAUUGGGUAUUUGUAAUCAAUUUUUUAUUAUGUAUGUUUAAUUGAUCUUAAAAAUAUAUAUAUUUCAGGCCUUUUCUGCAAUUUAUAAGCUUUAAAAAUAUAUCUUUUAUUUAAAAAAAAAAUGUUUUUCAGUUGGAAAUAUAGCUACAUUCCUGCGCAUUUAUAAAUGUAUCAAAAUGCUUGUAAUUUCACUUCAAGUGUAAAUAUUUUGUAUACACUACCUACCAUGAAUGUAUAUUAGAAAUCUUGCAAUAAAACAUAUUUUAUUAUUUCAAUUUUAUUUUUCCCGCUUCCACAGUUUUCUCAUUAGAAUAGAAAUUUUAUCUAUCAGAUUCCGAAUAGUGUUUUUGCUAAAACAAGAUACAGGCCAGAACAUUUAUUUUUGAUGAAUGUAUUUGUUGAAAUACUUCGUUUUGCCCAAGCCAUUAGUUUU